AUGACGAGAAAAGUCAACCUCUUCUGGGUCUUGGAACUGCAAGCACAAGACCGGUUGGCCACAACCGAGUUAUCCCAGCUGAUGUCCCUCGACGACGGCCACGCGCUUUUGCACGUCUACAUUAUUUAUCCGAAGCUGAUUAAUGGGGCUGAGGAUACGCUGAGGAUACUGGACUACGUUAAGUGGAUGCGGUCACACGGGACCAAAGAGCAUCAAUACAAACUUCUACGUGAAAUCCUUGUGUUGGACUCCUACGGAUCUGAUUCUUUGGCAAUUCUCAUGGAAGGUGACACAAUGUCAAAAAAUGACGGCCCUCUGAGCGGCUGCAACAUCGUGGUGUGCGGGAAUUUCAAACCUCGCACACAUGACGACAUCGUAAAAGAUAUUGAACGACUCGGGGGAACGGGCUUCAAGAAUAAACUCCCUGACGAUGCGCUUUGCGUAAUUUGCACUCCAGAGGCGGCGGAGACAAACAAAACUGCGCAAGAUGCAACUACCAAAGCCAACCUAGAUCAAUACCUUAUCAGCCGCAACGAGGACAAGGCUGAAGAUCGCCGCGAAAGUCUGAGCCACAGCAAUUCACUGCAACAAACUGCCGAUGCCUCAAAGCCGGAAAUUCCGGAGACUAGGAGUAGGAUGGACCGUUACGAGGGGAACGCGGAAUCAGCGGAGAGUACCCCAACGAAGCCGAGCACUUGGAAAGAAAGGCUUAACAGCACACUAAAAUUUGUUGCCGGCACGCCUCAAAAGAAGUCGUCUGCAGCUCCAACUGUCGAAGAAGCCAAGGUGUCAUUCAAAAAUCCUACUUUCGACGGGAAGGAGACAUCGGAGAACGCCAAUGGCCCCGAUGCAACCGAUGCCGACACCGGUCCUGAAGCAAUUUCCGCCGGCGGGCUUGAGGAUCCCACCUCUCCAACAGAAACUCCAUCCUCUGCUAGAAGGAGUGCUGCCGGUCAGAGUGGAGAGUCUCAAUUCGUUGGCAGCACUGAGGGUCCGAUUCAUGCGUCAUCCCAGAGGCCCGACGAUUCCCGUGAAGGCAGUAACCCAAACGAUCCGAUCACAGCGUCAUCUGUAAGCCCUGAGACGCACACUGAUGGCCGGCGAGAGGGCAGCAAUGAGAGCAACCCGAUCCCAGUGACAUCUGCAAGCCCUGAGACGCACACUGAUGGCCGGCGAGAGGGUAGCACUGAGAGCAACCCGAUUCAUGUGGCUUCUGAAAGCCCGGAGCCUCCGAAAACUAGCCAGGCAUCCCCUAUCUUGAAGCAAGAAAGCUGGGGCGGCAAUGGGCAACAACUGGAGUCGGGUCCAUCAGUCAAGGGGCUGCGGUCUCCGGAAUCUGCCACCACAGUUGUGCGCGACGAUGGCUACGCGCCCGAGUAUAACAACGUCACUGCUGUCUAUCGCCUCACGCUUCUCAACGCUCAGCUGGCAAGCUGGAUAGAAUCCUGGCACCUCUGUCAUCCACUGCCUCCAAGGCCCGUCGCGCCGCCGCCUCAUGCCGCCCCCCCUUCCCUACGCGAUGAAGUAGCCCACUAUGCUUGCGACCCGGCCCUAGCGCCUUUGUUCGUCUCCGUUCACAACAACUCCAACGCCGUCGAGAUCCAGUCACAUCUCUUGCGCUGGGCCCUAGCACGAUCGGAACGGCGACGGAUGGCACUACGUCGCCCACUGAUUGACUUGGACGGCAAACCGCUCUUCCCCAACAACCAGCACCCCUGUGAUGAGGCGGACGACGUCCAGGAGACCAGGCUUGACGACGAGAGCACCCUCCUGGCUCUGACACGGCACACCCUCGAGCUGUACGUCGCGCUCGAUGAGCUGCUCGCGCAGCUCGCCCAACACGUCCUUGGUAACGCUCUGCAGCAGCAGCAUUUCCACGAUGCCCUCGCUAGCCCGUCUACUCCCCGGUGGCUCUUGGGCUUUCUUGGAAUCGCCUCUCCUCCCGGUCCGCAGCAGCCGGCAAGCAACAGCUGGGAAGCCGACUUUGAACACGCUAUCCGGGACGGCGCGGCGCUGCUGGCCGACAUAAGGGAUACGUUGAUCCUUCCGCACGCCCGCCGUCUCAGCCAUGCCUCUGCAGGCAUGACCCGUGCCUGCGUUCUUCUGGGCGAGCUCGAAGCCCACAUUGACGAGCUGCACUGCGCCGGCAGCCAGGCACCCCCGCGCGUCGCCGUUGCGGCGGGCACACUACGUGACGGUACUGCACCGGCCGAUGUAGUGCUCCCUACUGUUACUAUAGACGUCGUCCACGCGCGCUAUACGGCGGAUGCUGACAGCGAGGUGUCAGUGCUAGAGGAGGCUUCUCUGGCGGCUGCGUCCUGGACCCUCCCCUCGCACCCGACUGCUCCCCCCUUGACGGAGGGGCUGCCUCUUCUUGUGCCAGGCAAGCAGGUUGCACCCCUCCCCAACGUUAAGCUUAAAGAAGACUCAUUUGCAUUGGAGUACUGCCGUUAA